AUUUUCAUAUUAAUUUUUUUCUUCCGAAUUUCAUUUCAUUUUUUCCCUUUUGUUUUUUUUUUUUUAAUCUUGCCAUUAUUGUUUGGUAAGAGGGGGAAAAAUUGAUUGAUUAUAGUAGUACACGCCCCCUGGUGGGGGGAAGAUUUUAGAUUUCUAUCUCUUCCUCCCCAUUGCGCCAUUUUCAGUUUUCUUCUUCAGGGUGCUAUAGAUCACGGCCGUAGUAGCUUGAUCGCAAUUCCCAAUUGAAGAGUUUGAUUUCUUAUUGGUGGAUACCCCUUUACUUGUUUGAGCUUCUGUUUCAGUUUGAGCAGGUUUGAAUUUCAUAAGAAAACAUGGGGGUUAUGUCUAGGCGGGUUGUUCCUGCCUGUGGUAGCCUCUGUUUCUUCUGUCCUUCUAUGCGGGCGAGAUCAAGACAGCCUGUAAAACGAUACAAGAAGUUCCUUGCUGAUAUAUUUCCUCGCAAUCAGGAUGCUGAACCAAAUGAUAGAAAAAUUUGUAAGCUCUGUGACUAUGCUUCAAAGAACCCAUUGCGUAUUCCCAAGAUUACCGAACUCCUAGAGCAACGAUGCUACAAAGAUUUGCGGAAUGAGAAUUUUGGAUCUGUGAAAGUUGUAAUAUGUAUACACAGAAAACUUCUAUUAAUGUGCAAAGAUCAGAUGCCACUAUUUGCUAGUAGCUUAAUUGGGAUUUCUCGAACUCUUUUAGAACAGACACGGCAUGAUGAUAUGCAGAUUCUUGGUUGCAAUAUUCUUGUUGAGUUCAUAAGUAGCCAGACAGAUAGUACAUACAUGUUCAACUUGGAGGGGAUCAUUCCAAAACUUUGCCAAUUGGCUCUAGUAGGCGAGAGUAGUGAAGAGGCACCUCAUUUGCGGUCAGCUGGACUCCAAACUCUAGCUUCUAUGAUAUUGUUCAUGGGCGAGCAAUCUCACAUCUCAAUGGACUUUGACAAAAUUAUAUCAGCAGUUUUGGAGAACUAUGUAGUAGAUGGACAAUAUUCUCACUCAGAGGCUCAGUACAUUGAAGGACAGCAUAAAGUAGAAAACCAUAGCUCUUCCAUGUUAGAUGUCAAUAAAAAGGUCUCUUCGUUUAACCAUUUUAGCAAUUUGGAAACUGAAACGGAUGUUUCCAAGAACCCUUCUUAUUGGUCUAGAGUUUGCUUGUGUAAUAUGGCUAGAUUGGCAAAGGAAGCUACGACUGUCAGGCGUAUGUUUGAACCUCUAUUUCAUCAUUUUGAUACUGAAAAUCAAUGGUCAUUAGUAAAGGGACUUGCCUGCUCGGUGUUGUCAUUUAUGCAAUCGCUUUUGGAUGAAUCAGGAGACAACUCGUAUCUUUUGUUUUCGAUUCUUGUCAAGCACUUGGAUCAUAAAAGUGUUGUAAAAAAUCCUCAGAUUCAAAUAGAUAUUAUCAAUGUAACCACACAACUUGCUCAAAAUGCAAAACCACAAGCCUCAGUUACUAUUAUUGGGGCUAUCAAUGAUUUGAUAAAACAUCUACGGAAGUGCCUUCUAUGUUCAUCCGAAACAUCGAGCAAUGGACAUGACACAGAUAAAUGGAAUAUUGAUCUUCAGUUGGCAUUGGAAAAGUGCAUUUCUCAGCUUUCAAAGAAGGUAGGUGAUGCGGGACUCAUACUCGAUAUGCUAGCGGUUGUGCUCGAGAAUAUUCCAAAUAAUAAUAUUUCAGCUCGAGCAACAGUCUCCGCUAUUUAUCAGACUGCGAUGACUGUAUCUUCUAUUCCUAAUGUUUCAUACUUCAAGAAGGCUUUUCCUGAUGCUCUAUUUCAUCAGUUGCUUCUAGCAAUGGCUCACCCUGAUCAUGAGACUCGAAUUGGAGCACACAACAUUUUCUCUAUAGUGCUUAUGCCAUCCAUUAAGUGUCCUAGGAUGGAACAGAAAGCGAUUUCCUCAGAAACUGUUUCAUGGUUACCAUUUGGCAGUGCCACUCAGAAAUUGAUUGGUGGAAGUUUCUCCUUUAAAGGUGAUGAAAAACAUGCAUCAGAACCCAUAAAUGGGGUAAGAAUGGAAGAAAGUCAAGCAGCAGACCUUGUUGCUGAGAAACCUGCAACACAUUUAUCCAGGCGUGGAUCCUCCAGCUUCAACCAUGGUUUAAACGAGGCAAAAACUAAGUUGACUUCUCUCCGGUUAAGCAGUCACCAAGUGAGUCUCCUGCUCUCCUCAAUCUGGGUUCAAGCUACAUCUGCGGAUAAUACACCUGCAAAUUUUGAGGCUAUGGCCCACACUUAUAGCAUUGCUUUGCUAUUUACCCGGUCCAAGACUUCAAGUCACAUGGCUCUAGUACGAUGUUUUCAGCUGGCAUUUUCCCUCCGUAGCAUUGCUGUGAAUCAAGAAGGUGGUUUACUACCCUCUCGCAGAAGGUCAAUCUUCACCUUGGCAUCAUUUAUGCUUCUGUUUUCAGCCAGGGCGGGAGAUCUUCCAGAGUUGACUCCCAUCAUUAAAGCAUCAUUAGAUAAUAAAAUGGUUGAUCCUCACCUUCAGUUGGUUAAUGAUACCAGGCUGCAGGCUGUUCGUGUUAGGUCUGAAAAGGAUAGUGUACCAUUUGGGUCAGAAGAAGAUGAAGUUGCUGCAUUGAAGUUUCUAGCCAUGCGGGAACUAGAUGAACAGCAGUUGAAGGAAACUGUGGUCUCACACUUCACGAUUAAAUAUGCCAAUCUCUCAGAGGCUGAGCUAUCAAGUAUUAAAGAGCAGCUCUUACAUGGGUUUUUACCUGAUGAGGCAUACCCAUUAGGAGCUCCAUUAUUUAUGGAGACACCACGUCCAUGUUCUCCACUUGCUAAGCUGGCAUUUCCACAUUACGAAGAGGGUAUGGCUCCAGCUGCUUUGACAGAUGACGAAGCCUUCCUUGAGCCUAGUGGAAGCCAGUCUGAUCGUAAAACGUCAAUUUCUAUCAGUAACCUUGACAUUCUAAGCGUUAAUCAGCUUUUGGAAUCAGUGCUCGAAACAGCCAGACAAGUUGCAAGCUUUCCAGUUUCUUCCGCACCUGUUCCUUACGAUCAAAUGAAAAGUCAAUGUGAGGCCCUCGUAAGUUGCAAACAGCAGAAAAUGUCAGUGCUUCAUAGUUUCAAGCACAAAAAGGAAGAGAAGGCGAUAGUUCUCUCCAGUGAAAUUGAAACUUUAUAUCCUCCGUUACCUAUCAAUACAAUGGAAAUCGUUCCGGGGGAUCUAAAGUAUUACAACAAGGAGACAAAUAGAGGACAGGAUCAGCCGCUUCUUUGUUCACACGAAUAUGGGCGUCACUCUUUAAGAUUGCCUCCAUCAAGUCCAUAUGACAAAUUCUUAAAAGCUGCUGGAUGCUAGAACAUAGCUGUAAUUUACAUGUUAAAAGGCAAUAGUUUGUAUUCCCAAAUAUGCUGCUUCAAUAUCCCACUUCCUAUUUAUUCAUUCUUCAUAUUAAAUUGUCGAUCGAGUUAGUUUGCUAUACACAUGAUGCUUUUGAAUGCAAGCAACAAGCAUCGGAGUGACUUUGGCAAGAAUAGGUGGUUUUGCUAAUGCAGUUAUCCAGAUACACUUAGAAAGGUCUUGGGAGGAUUUGUCUAUUUCUAUAGUAACCAUAUCUCAUAUCUCCUUGUUUUUUGUACUAUAUUUUCUGAAUUGGAAUUCCUCAUUGAGAGGAAGUUGUGUAUUUGAGAUUUAUAUUCAUGUUUAUCUGUACAUAUGGAUGUAUUUUUGUGUUUUUUGUUUGAAUACACGUGAUUCAGAUUUGUAAGGUGUGGUGUUGGUUUGGGUGUA